AUGCAGCAAAACACAAAACCCGACAUCGUGGCACUGGAAUCCUACGGCGGCUUCUUAGGGCCUUUGAGGUGUUGGUCCUAUAUCGGACGUCAGGACGGAGGACAGAAAAUCUCUCUGGAGAAAAACGGGUGUUUGUACGGCUCCACAGUGCAGCACGAGGUUCUUCACGCUCUGGGCUUCAACCAUGAGCAGGUCCGUUCCGACAGAGACAAAUACGUUUGGAUUCGCUACCAGAACAUUGAGAAAGGAAAGGAGCACAACUUUGACAAAAAGCAAACUAACAACCUUGGGACUCCAUAUGACUUCACAUCUGUCAUGGAAUACUCCAACAAUGCGUUCUCCAAAAAUGGGAAACCAACCAUCGUUGCCAAAUGCAACCCAAACCUGAAGUUUGGACAUGCCAAAGCAAUGAGCGUCAAUGACAUCGCCCGUGUCAACAAGCUUUACAAAUGCUUCAAUCAGAAGUUCAUGGUUUGAAGACGCCGGCCUCCCGAAGCUGCAGCUGAUCAGGAGCUUCAUCAAAAACCAAACUGAGCUAGCAUAAAAAAAUAAUGUCUUCCUUUUUAAUAAACAGCUGGAAAUUAUGGUUUGAUUUUGGAAAAGGUUUGGAAAACCAUUUAGACAUAAAC